ACGGUGAUAGAACAUGCGACUUGUUGUUGACAACUUUCUAUACAUGCAUACAACUAUAUUUUCCUUUAACCUUACAAUGCACUCAUUCCUAGGUUUGAUGACUGGUGCUCGAACGUGCGACUUGUUGGUAACAACUACCAAUGCCCGAUUCCCAUCUGAUGUUAACAUUACAUGGAGUCAAGCAGAGUGUAGAGAAUGUGUCACCGACACGUUCAUGUGUGUUAAACUGAAGAAAACCUAUCGGGAUAUGAAUAACAACCUACCAUGCCCAGCACGAUGGCCGUGCUCGUGCUUUGACGAUAACAACAUUCCUGACGAUAUGCCGGAUGGAGCUGUAAAUUGUUACAGUGAAAAGUUGUACACGAUACCAGUAGACAUGUCACAAAAUGUAACAGCUUUGUCCUCAACUCGGAACAAAAUACGUUACAUAGAACAUGGAAUGUUUCAAGGAAUGUCAAAUCUCACGAAACUUGAUCUUGAUUACAAUGAAGUACACGGAAUAUCUUCGUUUGGAUUCAAGGGGCUGGAUAAACUCGAAUAUCUUUCUAUAAAGAACAACGAGAAGUCUAUUAAGUUUGAAUUCAAAUCAUUUGGUGGAUUGCAUAAGCUAAACAAGUUGGAUCUGAGCUAUACUAGGUUGCAAUAUCCAAGAAACAAUAAACUCUUUCAAGAUUUAAUUCUUCUGGAGGAUUUACGCAUUGUUGGAUGUGGUAUAAAACGUGAAGAAGAUGUUUUUCUACCUAAUCCACACCUAUUGCGACACUUGUACAUUAGCCAACUAACUAUAUUCAAUACAAUGUUUAAACAACCAACAAAUUAUAGUAACCUUGAGGAGUUAGUCUUUGGACGCGUUCCAGUGAAUGAAACAAUUUCAAAUGGACAAUUUGAUGGCUUGAAUAAACUGAGGUAUGUGGCAUUCAUUGAAACGGGUAUAUCACGUCUAAAACCUGCUAUUUUUUCAGGUCUGGAUUCACUAGCAACGCUAAUGAUACAAAGCUGUAACAUCGACACGAUUGAGCAAGAAACAUUCACCCCACUUAAGAAUAUUGAAAAAAUUAUGAUUUACCAAGACACAUUGCCCAAAUACCCAGUCUCAUUAUUCCAAGGCCUUGAGAAGUUGACUGAAGUUGAGAGCGAUCAUAUGGAAUUCUGCUGUAUCGUUCCAACAACAGUGAAAACGUGUUCCCCACAGCCAGACCAUCUGUCUUCGUGUGGAGAUCUAGUGAAGAACAACAUACUCAGGGUGUUUCUUUGGACAUUUGGUAUAUGUAUACUCCUUGCAAACAGCGCUGUCAUCAUACUUCGAUUUUGUGAGGGCACAUCGAAGCAUGGCGUUAACGAAAUAUUGAUAAUGAAUCUCUCAUUAUCGGACAUGAUAAUUGGGGUUUACAUUAUCAUAAUUGCUUCGAUGGAUCUGAAAUACAGAGGCAUAUACUAUCAAUACCAGAGUGUUUGGAGGAAAAGUGGCUUAUGCAUGGCAUCUGGAUUCAUUGCAUCUUUGUCAAGUGAAAUGUCCGUGUACAUCCUUGUUGUCAUGACACUUGAUCGGUUCCUCAAAAUAGUGUUUCCUUUUAAAAUGUGGUUACACUUUUCCAAGCGUGCUGCACAUGGGACUCUCAUCUUUGGCUGGAUUCUUUGUAUAACCUUAACAGCUUUACCACUUCUCCCUAUUGACUACUUCAGCCCUCAUGAAUUCUACACGCAAUCUGGCUUCUGCUUACCGCUUAUGUUGAAUUAUGAUUCUGCAAAAGAAGCCAUACUAAAGCGGCGUUUAAGCACCUUAAGGGAGGUUAGCACUACAUCUGGUGGUCAAGAGCAGUCUUAUUCCCAUUUUAACGGUUGGGAGUAUUCCUUUGCUCUUUUCAAUGUUGUCAAUCUUAUUGCCUUUUUUCUUAUUGCUGCUGGCUACUUGGCUAUAUUCUUUGCAACAAGGAUCUCUAGAUCAAAAAUGAAACAGGGCAAAGGAAAUGAGCAAGACAGACGAUUGGCGACAAAAUUGAUGUGGAUCGUGGCUACCGAUUUCUGCUGCUGGGUUCCAAUAAUAAUUUUGGGAUUUCUAACCUUUUACAAGGUAACACUACCAGGAGAUAUCAUUGCUUAUAUCAGCAUAUUCGUGUUGCCAAUCAACAGCGCUAUCAACCCGAUACUCUACACAUUUAGCACACUUCCCUGGAAAGACAUAUGGAAGAAGUGCAAGUGUAGAUCAGCACUUAAGCAACCACUGGCAACAACUCCGGGGAACACAAAUGACUCAGCAGCAUCUGCCACUACUAACACUAAGCCUUGA